AUUUUAACAGUAAGAUGUAGGUUUUUAUCAUGGUUGAAGCUAAUACGACAUGACGUUAGAGUGCAAUCAUCCAAUGUAAACAUUGGAGCUGGGAGUUAUCAAGGAGAUGAAGCAGGUAGCCAUGGGGAACAGUUGGAUAAUUCUGGUACCAAAAGUUCAAAUGAACCAACGAUACCAUUUUCAGGGUAUUACCUUCAAGCUAUUUCUGCUGUGCUACUUCUGUGUGCUCUGGCAUCUGCGUUUAUUGUUUUCUUUAAAGGACAGCCGUCCGCUGUUGUGGCUAUGCUAGCAAAGUCAGGUUUCACGGCAGCAUUUACACUGAUAUUUGUAUCGGAGAUUGGAGAUAAGACAUUUUUCAUUGCUGCACUACUCGCUAUGCAAUAUCAAAAAGCAUUGGUUUUACUUGGGUCAAUGGCUGCUCUUUCCCUCAUGACUAUCGUGAGUGUCGUGAUUGGACGGAUCUUUCAGUCUGUACCAGCACUGUUUCAAACAACGUUGCCCAUAGGAGAAUAUGCAGCAGUCGCACUCCUUGCAUUUUUUGGUUUCAAAUCGAUUAAAGAUGCAUGGGCACUUCCAGAUAAUGCAAAUGGGGAUCUUGAGGAGAAAUCUGAAUCUGGUGAACUGGCUGAAGCUGAGGAGCUUGUUAAGGAAAAGGUUUCUCAGAAACUCACCAGUCCUCUUGCGGUUCUCUGGAAGUCCUUCAGUCUUGUUUUCUUUGCGGAGUGGCGAGAUCGCUCUAUGCUGGCUACAAUUGCUUUGGGUGCUGCACAGGUCUGUUUACUACUACUUAGGAACAGCGCUUGCUUCUAG